AUGUCCACCUCUCUUUCUGGGAAAGGUCUUCUACUUAAAGCAGAUCUCAUAGCAGCAGCGUUUCGCGACGAAGUAGAGAGAUCCCUCGCUGAAUGCUCGCGUUCUCCGAAACUAGUCGGAAUCCUUUCCACCUCUUCUGGUCCAAGCAGGACAUACGCCGAGUUCACGAGGAAACAAUGCGAGAGUCUUGGAUUCGAAUUCGUUCUUAAGGAGACAGGCGCGGCUUUGAUGAAUGGAGGUCUGGGUGAAGGAGAGGGUGUAGAAGAAGCUAUAAUGGAGGCUAACGAGGAUGACUCCGUCGAUGGAGUUAUGGUCUAUUUCCCAAUCUUCGGCCCCCAGCAGGAUCACUACCUGCAGCAACUCGUUUCGCCAUAUAAAGACGUCGAAGGCCUGCACGUCAAAUUCCAUUACAACCUGUACCAUAACAUUCGAUUUAUAUCUCCGUCAUCUCUUUCCGCUCCGACUUCUAGUGCCGCUGGUCUUACCGGCGACGAAGCCGAAAAUGAUAUUCCUCCACCAGGGAUGGUCAAAUCUAUCCUUCCCUGUACACCUUUGGCCAUUGUAAAAUGCCUAGAAUACGCUGGAGUGUAUAACAAGAUUCUUCCCUAUGGGGAUCGUGCAUAUGGAAAAACGGUGGUAGUUGUGAAUCGAUCGGAAGUUGUUGGCCGUCCGUUGGCUGCAUUGCUCUCUAAUGAUGGCGCGCGGGUAUUUUCUGUUGACAUUGAUUCCAUACAGGAAUACACCAAACGCCCUUCCGAUCCCGACUCAUCACGGAAAUAUCACCCUCGCCACAUCGUACGUCCCCCGCCUGAAGCUUACAACACUUUGCAGGCGUGCUUGGCACUGGCAGACGUUGUGGUAGCUGCUGUUCCUAAUGCCACGUAUAAAAUCCCUACGGCGUGGCUCAAGGACGGUUGUGUCUGUGUCAAUGUCGCAGCAGAGAAGAAUUUCGAAAAGGAUGUAAGAGAGAAGGCAUCAUUGUACAUCCCAGCAGUGGGGAAGGUUACCAUACUCAUGCUGCUUCGAAAUUUACUCCGAUUACAGCGAUACCAGAAUGCAUCCCCGGUGUCAACAACUGAGUCGCCUGCGCAGUAG